AAAAGGCAGGGAGUUUGCAGAAGCAAUGCAUUGCACACACACACUGUUAUCAGAGUAAAUGAGUUCUUAGAUAAACCUGAGAUAGACACAACCAUACCUGGAUAAAGAGGAGAAACCUAAAGUACAGAAAUACACAGAAGAGAGCCAUAAAGAAUAUCAAGAAAAACUACAGAAUAUCAUGUUCAGUUACACCAAGUCACCUCUUCUCUCCUCCCUACUUUUGCUACUGUUUCCACUAUGUGUACCCAUUACAGGUUUGCCCUUUGAGAAUAACACAUCACAGUCUGAGAGCAACAACAGCACUAUACCACAGAGUAGCAUGUGGGACCUUCUCAGAACAUCUUCACCAAACCUAAAGAGCAACCACCGAACUGUCUCUCAAUCCCAUGAACUAACACAAAGUCAGAAGACAACACAUGAGCAGAUAUUGUAUGUAACGGAAAAUGUUAACUAUGGAAAUGAGGAGGAUGAUGAUGAUGAAGAUGACUAUUAUGAGGUUUACACUGAUCCUCCACAUGCACCUGCUGAGCCUUGCCCGUAUGAUCGCUGUAAGCACCUGGAGCUCCCAUGUAAUGAGAUACAGAAGAAGGCAGGGGGCAGAUGCCUUUGCCCUGGUAUAAGUGGACGCUCGGUUAUUCCUGAUUCUCCACGUUUGAAGCAGAUCAUUCCUGGACAGACUGGCAUGGGCGUGAACUGGUGCUCACCACUGUCAACAGUAACGGGCUAUAGAGUGCUGUAUGGUAGGCCGGAAGAACGAUUGGAGAUGGGACCUUUGCUCAAUCAGUCACAUCGCUUCUUCUCAAUAGCGAAUCUUCUACCAGGCACUUCGUACAGGGUUUGUGUGGUUGCAAUAAAUGAUGCAGGGCAAAGUCAAGUGCAGCUGGUGGAUGGAGAAGAGGGGUGGGAUGGCCCAGGAGGUAUUCUUGGUCCUUGUGGCAUAUUUUAUACCUUUGAUUCGCAGGAUUCAUAUAUUUACCUAGCAAUAGGAGUUGGUUUGGCAAUUUUUGCAUGUCUUUUGGGAUUCUUUGUCAUCAUUUACUGGGUUUGUAAAAGAAAGAAGGUCAGAAAUUUUAACGAAGGAGGAGGGAUGGGGGUCACCAAUAUGUCAUUUAAGGCAGAAAGCAUUGAGAACCUGUGAGAGAGAGUGGGAUUGUCUGAGUAUGGUAAAAGGUGUAAUUGUGAGUAUGUGUAUGGAAUGAGGUGUGUCCGGUGAUUGCUAUAUAUUUAUAUAUUUUAUGAUAUUUAUUCAAAAUAAAUAUAUAUUUUUUAC